AAUACGAAGGUGGUUUUCUAAGCAUCUAUAACGCUCGCAAGGUAGGGAGCUUUGGUGUCGUACUUAGCUAAUUGAGGUGAAUUUAUAUGAGAAAUCGCUCUCCUGUCGGGAGAAAGAGAGUCUCUGUUUGAACGUACGCGACACUUAAAAGGAGAAGCUUUUUAAAGAGCUAUCGUAGACAGGCAAACGGACAAAGUCAACAGCCCUGGGCGGUGAAUAAUACCCUUUUGAAUCACGAACAGUGAAAUAUCUUCUUGGAAAAACGCCAUGUCUGGUGUCGAGAGUCACGUUAAACGCCCAAUGAACGCGUUCAUGAUUUGGUCAAGUCGCAAGAGGCGGGAAUUAGCACGUGAAAAUCCAAGACUACAUAACUCCCAAAUCAGCAAGAUUCUUGGCUCGGAGUGGAGGAAACUCACCGAGGACGAAAAGCAGAAGUUUUUCGCGCAAGCCAAGCUGAUAAGCGAGUUACACAUGAUCGAGCACCCUGAUUAUAAGUACCGGCCAAAAAGGCGUCCAAAGAAGAAAUACUUGAAGCACAACUCCGCGCCCGUCAGCCAUGGUGACUCGUGCAGUACUUUUCUGUGUGCCUGCCAUCGGUCUUCCUCUUCGCCGGAAGAUUACAGGCAAGAGGGAGAAAGCGCACAACAACUGAACAAAAAAGAACUUUUGCAAGGAACAGAAGUAUCUAUAAAGAGAGAGGAGACGGAACACGCAAACCAAACUUGCAUUAGCGCUUCAGGAAAUGUCCCGGCGAAAGAACGCAUCCCGGAGAAUUACGAAAAGUUCUCGUUGCAAUCCAGGGCCUCACCUUAUGCCUUCACUCAAAGAUAUGACACCAGCAAAAGUUUCAGUGUGCAAGAAAAGGUCCGAAAGAGAGCAUUUACAGACGGCUUCAACGUCCGUGACGAGCGCCUGGCUUUGUCAAGAACGGCAGUACCGCCUGGUCAUUCCCCAAACUUUCAUCUAACGCCAUUUCAAAGCCAGUGUAAUUUCUUGCCAAGUCAUUUCUCUAGCGAAAGAGACACGGUGCAGUUGAUGCCCUACUCUCCCGUGAGAUGUAACUACUGUCCUCCUGAAGGAAUUACAGGCGAAGAAGAAUUCUCACUUUCCCACAGAGCGCCGUACGUUUUGGUUAACCCGCCGACAAAUCAAUAUUUCUACGGCACCAGGUGGUGAAAAAAACUGAGAAAACUUUAAGAAAACUGCACGCGAAAUCUUACGCAAGAGACAUUUUAAGCCAUAGUUUACAUUUCUUGAUCGCGGGGUUCCUUUGUUACAAGUUCAACAACAAUCUUGUUGAGGACAUUUUUAUUUUUAAUUACAAAAACUGACUUAUCCAUAAGGUUGGUUUGCAUGAAGUUAAUUGAGGAUUACAGCAUAUUGUUUAUAAAUUUAUUGUAAGAAAUAAUCUUUAACUUGGAGGACCACAGCGUUUUUGCUAACAACUACAAUCUUGCAAGCGCGUUUGAUUCAGUUCAUGGGUUUUCAAGAAACCCAAUUUGUAACAUAUAUUUGCACAUUCUAAAUCGAAAAUCUAUACGACAAUUGAAUAUCUGAUGAGGUUGCGUAAAACAAUAGCUUCUCGAUAGGCAAAGCUCGUGUCAUGAAGAGAAAGUGAAGAAAUAAAUCAUGCGAACAUUACUUGAAAUUCAGCCGUAGUUUCCCGAGUUUUAAAAGGAGUGUCCACGUUAAUAACAUUUUUGUAACUUCCACUAGUUCAAUUUCGCCGAAGGCAAUGUUCCUUAGCCAUUGUUAACACACAAUAUACCUGAUGGAUGGGCACCUUAACGGGUUCCAUUGUAUUUUCCAUUGUUUUUCGCGAAUAAAGCACAUAAACACGCGUCAAUAUCCACGACGGAGAGAUCUCAAUUUAGUUUUCAAUAUCUAGCAAUGAGAAAAGUUUUACGCGUUAGAUUCCUUCGGCGCAUCACUUUCCUCGGCUGCCACCAAAUUG